AUGAAACGUCAUUUUAUAAAAUUAAAAUAUGAUAUAAGAAAUGUAAAAUAUUACCAUUCACACAAGAUAAAUAUAAGAAAUAUACAUAACAUAAUAAAAAAUGAAAGAGCUAAAAAUACAGAUUUAAGUGUUCAUAAUAAUCCAAGAAUAAAUGAAAAGAAAUGUGUAGAAAAUGAAAAUUUUAUAUAUCCUAAUAUUAAUAUUGAUAUUAAAAAAAAUAAAAUGCAUAUAAUAGAUGAUCAAGUUGAAAGUAUAAAAUAUGAAGAAAAAGAAAAAGAAAAAGAAAAUGAAAAAAUAAAAUUAUUAAAAGUAAAAAAUGUAAAAUUAUUAACCUGUUGUAUAAUUACAACUCUCUUUUUUUAUUUCACACUUAAAAAAGUUCCUGAAGGUUAUGUAUGCUUAGUUCAAAAUAAAUAUGAUGGAAAAGUUAUACCAUAUAUAUAUGACGAUUUGAUGACUUUUUUUUUUAAUCCUUUAAAAUAUAAAGUUAUACAUAUGAGAAUUAUACCUAUACAAAGGAAGUAUACAAAUGUAUAUGAAACGUUAGAUAAACAAAAAAUUAAAGUAAAAUUAGAAGUUAAAAUGAAACCUAAAAUACCGUUUAUUAUUGAUAUUUAUAGUACCUUUGGUAUAAAUUAUAGUACCUCUUAUAUUGAAAAAGAAAUGAAUUUUGAUUUAAAAAAUGUUAUCAAAUAUUAUAACCUAAAUACAUUACUAGAAAAUAAUCAAAGUGUUCAUGAUGAUAAUGCUACAGUGGAUGAUGCAAUAGAUCAAAUUAUGGACCGCUUUUACGAUUCCUCUAUAUUCCACAAAAUUAUUCUUAUGGAUGUUACCAUAUUAUUUGAAAAGGUGGAAUAA